CAUUCAACCACUGGAAGGUCAAGCAUUUAAAUCAAACAUUUUAUGAAUCCAAUUCUGAUUAUAUACCAUUAAAUACGGGAGAUAGCAAACAUUCGCUUAAAUAUUUUACUGUAGUAGUUUGGUUUGAAGGUGCUGUGAGUAUAAUAUCGACAUAGGCUCUGUGUGAGGUUUCCAUUCCAUCAAAAUGAUACUUAGGACUGCAAGAUCUUUCGUUAAAACAUUCCAAACCAGAAAUUCCAGCAAUGUGUCAUUCAUCGGUCUCGGCCAAAUGGGUGCCAGAAUGGUCAAGAACCUCACCAGUAAAGGCCAAGAAGUAAAAGUAUUCGAUAUUGUACCUGCAGCACUUAACAGUGUUGCUAAUCUUAAGGGUGCUCAAGUUUGUAGUUCACCUAAGGAUGCAGCAAAAGAUGCAAAUAUAGUUAUCACUAUGCUUCCCACAGGCGAUAUUGUUAAAGACACUCUUUUAGCCGAUAAUGGUAUUUUAAAAGGCAUUCCCAAAAAAUCUCUUUUCAUCGAUUGCUCAACGAUAGAACCCAAAAUGGCUCAAGAACUAUCCAAAAUAUCUAAAGAAAACGAUGUUAGAUAUAUUGAUGCACCGGUAUCGGGAGGUGUAACUGGAGCUGAGAAGGGAACCCUAACAUUCAUGGUGGGAGGAUGUAAAAAUGACUUAAAAGAAGCUGAACCCGUGCUUAACAAAAUGGGAGCUAAAAUAUUUCCCUGUGGAGAUAUUGGAGCAGGACAGAUAGCCAAGCUUUGCAAUAAUCUUAUUUUAGGAAUAACUAUGAUUGGAACCUGUGAAGCAAUGAAUUUGGGUAUUAAAUUAGGUUUGGACCCGAAACUUUUAACAAACAUAGUCAAUGUAUCCACCGGUAGAUCGUGGUCUUCAGACACAUAUAAUCCAGUUCCUGGAGUUAUGCCUGAUGUACCAUCUUCAAAAGGAUACGAGGGAGGUUUCAGUGUACCUUUAAUAGCCAAGGAUUUAGGUUUAGCGGAAGCAGCAGCAUUAAGUUGUGGUACUCCACUGUUAUUGGGUGCUUUAGCUCAUCAAAUAUACAGAGCACUGAUUCUCAAUGGUUACGGUGACAAAGAUUUUGCAGUAGUCUAUGAAUUUUUGAAAGGACAAAGUAAAUGAUUAUAAGACCUAUAUUUGUUUAUUAUACAUGUGUUUUAAUAAAUUUAUUUUUAAAUA